AUGCCACGAAGAAGAUGUUCUUCACCAAUUAAUACUACCGCUAAUAAUGUUAUUACCAAUAAUCACAAUAAUAAUAAUAAUCAUGGUAGAAUAAUAAAUACAUCGUCAAGUCAUCAUCAUCACCAUCAUUCAACACAUAAUAAUUUAAGAUUUCGUGGAGGAAGAACAAGUAAUGGAAUUUCGCCUAAUCGUAAUCGACUUCUAGAUACAGCACAAGAAACACAAGAUUGUCAUGUAUCGUCUACAACUACUAAUCUAAUGCAAGAAAUUCAGAGUUUUCCAAUUGUUACCACAUUACAACUUCAACAAAAUGAUCCAGAACUAGAAGCUGACAAAAAGUUCAUUAUGAGUCAUCCACUUUAUCCUUUAUUGGCUUUAUUAUUACAACAAUGUGAAUUGGCUACAGCUAGACCUGAUUCACCGCCUCCAUUAGAUACUUUCAAUACAGAAUUAACUUCAUACAUUCAACAUCGUAUAGAAUUACAACAACAAACAGAAAGAGAUAAUAAUGAUGAUGAAAAUGAAGAUGAAAAUGCUAUGAAUAAAUUAAAAUCAAAUUCAUUAAAAUUGAAUCGUGAAAAAUUGAAUAAAAUCACUGAAAAAUAUAAAAGUACAGAAGAUAUCAUAAAUAUCAAUGAUAAUAAUAAUAAUAAUACUGUAAAAACUACAAUUUCACCUAGAUAUAACAUAAAUCAUUCAUCAAAUAAUCAACUUUCAACAACAAAUACAAUAACACAUACUACUAAUACUAUAUCAUCUAAUAAUACUACUAAUAAAACGAAAUCAGCAACAAAUAUACGAAAUAUUGGUGAUUGUUUUUUACCUAAUAAUAAUGUAAAUAAUGAUAUAUCUACAAGUUCUGUAUAUAAUACUACUACUACUACUAAUCAUAAUAAUGAUAAUAGUAGAAAUCGUAAAUCAUUAAGAUGUGAUAAAUCAAUUAAUCAUAAAAAUAAUUCAAAUUAUGUACCGAAUGAUGAUAAUGAUACUGAUGUUGAUGAUGAAUUGAGAAAAUUAAAUUGUACAUUGAAUGAUGAAAGAAGAUAUCAAUUUUUAAGUAAUAAUUCAGAAUUAAAUGAAUUAAUAGUCAAAGCUAUCCAAGUAUUACGUAUACAUUUAUUGGAAUUACAUAAAGUGAAUGAAUUAUGUAAAGAUUUUUGUUCCCGGUAUAUUUAUAGUUUAAAAUCAAAAUUUCAAUCAGAUCCACUUAUUCAUGAUUCUCAACCAUCUUCUCCUGGAGAAUCCGAAGCUGUUUCUCCAGUUGCACCAGGUUGUUACAAUCCUCGUUAUCCUCCUCAUCACCAUCAUCAUAUGUUAGGACCAAAUUUAUCCUGUCAUCCUGGACCAACGGAUAUGAUUCCACCAGGAUAUCAACGUCAUUUAUCCAGUCGAUUAGAUGAUGAUUCUUUAUGUGGUUCAUCUGAUGUAGAAAAUCUUCGUUCAGAUUGUUUACAUUCCAGUUCACUUCCCAAUAGUCGUACAGGUUAUGAUAUGAAUGGAUCAUGUUAUACACCAAAUUUUCAUAUGGUUAAUUAUAAUUCACCUUAUUUUAUGGAUAAAUCUGUUGUUCAAGAUGGUUCAGUUUCUUGUGACGAGUCACUAUCUCAUCUGCAUUCAUUUCUUUCACCAUAUGGAUCAACUGCUUUAAGCAGUGCAGCAUUUCAUGCCAGUUUAGAUGGAUUAUAUGUUGGUGGAAAGCAAAAACGUGGUGUACUUCCUAAACGCGCUACACAAAUUAUGAAACAAUGGCUAUUUCAGCAUCUUGUACACCCGUAUCCAACAGAAGAUGAGAAAAGACAUAUAGCAGGCCAAACAAAUUUAACGUUAUUGCAAGUAAAUAAUUGGUUUAUCAAUGCAAGACGACGUAUUCUACAACCAAUGCUGGAUUCUUCGAAUUUUGUACCACAUGGAAAUAAUUGUAAUAAUGUAGAUGGAUCAUCAGAUAGACUGUCCAAUUCCAUGGGUUGCAAUGAAUCACAUGUUAUUAGCAAGAAGAAAAAGGCCGCAACAAGCAGACCUUCAAACAAUCGAUUUUGGCCAGCAAGUUUGGUCGCUGCAGCUGCCAUACAUCCUGCAGCAGCAGGUUUAGUGUCUUCUGGUAGCAGUAAUUUUACCGUUGCAGUCAAUUCGGGUAUUAAUAUUACCAAUAGCAGCCACAGCAUCAAUAUAAACCCAAAUACAGUACGACCUGAUUGCCGGAUAUCAGAAAGAACAUCUAAUUCUUUAGAUGAAGUAAUCAGUGAAACGUCAAUAGGCUCAACACCGAAACAGCGAGCCGAAUGUACAUACACUCCCCAAACAUAUGACUCAUCAUCUAUUGCACUACCUCAAAGUCCUGGACAUAAUCAAAGUUUCGAUUGCAAGCUUUCAUCUGAUUUAUGGAAUCUAGAUACGCGAAUGGAUUUACUGAAUUCACAGAAAUUUUAUUUCAAUCUUCAAUCUGGUGUAUCUUCGACAAAAGUUCAGUCAAAUAUAAAUGACAAUACCAGAGAAUUGUGCAACAAUAAAGUCUUUCAAAACGGAACUAAUUCUUCAAGUUUAUCAAGUCAAAACCUUUCAUUUUCAUCAAACUCAAGUAAUUGUUUGAAUCCAUUCAGCUCCACCCUUACAAUGAGCACAGAUUUAACACAAACGAUACCAGGAAAAUAUGAUUCGAUACAUGAAAAUUUAUCGACAAAACAAUCUGACGAGACAAUUACUAAACGUUUGACUCCAUCAUUAAUGUCAUCAAUAUCAUCAUCGUCAUCAUCAUCAUGUUCUACCUCGAAAGAUAUUGAUCAGUGUACAGAUAGUGUUCAACAAAAGCAAAAUAACAAUAGGAAUGGGAGAAUAGAUAAGAACUAUGUUAUCAAUAAGUCAGUCAAUACUAAAAGCUCAGUAGACAAUAAUUUGUUCAGAAGCGAAAUAAAUAAUGAUAGUAACAAUUUAGUUGGUGUAAAAUCUGAGCGUAAUUUUCAAGAAUUUAAUCCUGUUCUACAGAAUUUACCGAUGGAACCCAAUAAUGGUAAAAUGAAUUUAUUAGCCAAUAGAUUAUUAGAAUCUGAUUUAAUCAACAGUAAUGAUAAUAAUAGUAAUAGUAAUAAUGAUAAUACUAUCAAUACUGUAGAUAGUGAAAGAGAUCAUUUAAAUACUUUGAAUAAUGAUGAUUCUUAUGGAAUACAAUCAGAAAAUGAUGUAACAGUUCCUAUGAUGAUGAUGAAUUCAUCGUCAAACUAUCCACAGGAUUAUUCAUCAAUGUUAUUGUCACAUGCACAAAAUUAUUCGAAUUAUUUAUCUAAUAAUAUAAGCAUUGCAAAUAAUUUAUUGUCAUUUGAUGCACAUCCGAACAACCUAAGAUACAGCCAUACUAACAAAACUAACAAUAAUGAUAGUAAUAAUAAUAGUCUGAAUCAAUUAAAUUAUACAUCUCAUUCGUAUUCUAAUACUAUUACUAAUCCAAUUGGAAGAUCAGAUUCCGGAUUUAAUCAUUCCUUGAAUUUUUCUACAUCAAAUUUAAAUGAUAAUACUGUCACAUCAUUUUCGACGAUCCCCUUACAUCAUCAACAGCAACAUGAUAGUUUAUCGCCAUCUGUGCAACAGAAAACAGAAUUACCAUGUUACCUAACUGAUCAGUGGUCAAAUAUUACUCCUAUAUCAACUAAUCAAUUUACACAUAGUUUAAAUACUAUCAAUCAGUAUACUACAUUUCCUUCAAGUUGGACAAAUAAAUUAAAAAGCUUUAAUUCUUCUGCAUUACAAAUAGACAAUGGAAAUAUUGAUUCUUUGUCUGGUUCAUCAGAUGAAGAUAUUCAACAUCAUCGACAUUCUCAUCACAAUUUGAAAUCAGAAAAUGGACAGUUUAUGCAUUGUUUACGAGGUUCUGCUCUAUUAAAUCGUAAUGAAGAAACAAAUACUGAUCAAUCAUCAGUUUUACAUAGUGCUAAUCACCAAUUAAUGUAUAAUCUUCCCAGUGAUAUGAACAAUUUGAAUUAUACACAUACAGAGUUAGGGAUACAAGAGUCAUUGAAUUCUAAAUCAAUUUAUCCAGUGCAGUACGAUCAACAUCAUCAUCAUCACCAUUCACAAUAUGAUACUGCAAUCCCAACUGGUAAUAUUGGUGAUACGUGUACAGAAAAUGAUGAUAACAGUAGUGAUAAUAAUAAUAAUAAUGAUAGUAACGGCAACAACAAAAUCAGUUUAUCAUUUUUUAAAUCACCAUCAACAGGAUUACUGACAAAAUCUACUUCUACAUUUCAAUAUCACAAUUCAUAG